CUUUUUUCAAUGGGAAGCCAUGAUGGAAGUUUGAGAGUUGAACAGGGGAGAGGAGAAGCGGAGGAAGUGGAUCUGGACUGAAGAGUGUGCUGAAUCGCUCCUACGCGAUAUUUAAAUAUAACGUUUUUAAUUUCUUGGUGGAGGCUGUCACCUUUCAUUUCACCUGUUGGAACUUAAUCUUCGCGGAUGAUUGAAAUUUUCGAUGGCUUUUAUAUUUUUAAGAAUGUGUAGACGAGCUAGCGCGCUAGCCGCUGAGGCUAGCAGCUAGUCGUACGGUCUCACAGACGGAGCGCGAGUCGAGCGCAAGCGGGGCUCCGUCAACCCUUGAAGUCCAAGCGCCCGGAGAGGAUCGUCUCUCCGCCUUUCUGCUCCACCACGGCGGCUACGGUGAGACCAGAGACUUGCCGUGCAUUUGAAACACUGCGGUUCGCGACUUGGGGAGUUAAUUGUCUUUUCACCUGGGGCUCGUCUGAGCAGCGGACGGCAUUUUGGAAGCCGGGCCUGUGGUGGUUUGGAGCGAGGCCCUUGAUGAGAGAGCCACAGCAGACUCCAUUCUAGUUAGCAGGUGAGCUAGCUGGUGACUGAAAGGACUGCUAAACGAGCAGCUCAUAAAGGCCACCGAUCGCGCAAAAAGCAACAAUACUCUCUCUCACACUAAAUACGUUAAAGACUCCUGUCACAGCCAUGGCUGGGAUCAUAAAGGAAUUUGUCAGCCGAAACAAAAGGAGAUACCAGGAAGACGGGUUCGACUUGGACUUGACCUAUAUUUAUCCGAAUAUCAUAGCGAUGGGGUUUCCGGCCGAAAGGCUAGAGGGUGUCUACCGAAAUAACAUAGAUGAUGUCGUCCGAUUUCUCGAUUCAAAGCAUAAAAAUCAUUACAAAAUAUAUAAUCUAUGUGCAGAAAGACAUUAUGAUGCUACCAAAUUUAAUUGCAGAGUUGCACAGUAUCCGUUCGAGGACCACAAUCCUCCUCAGCUAGAGCUUAUCAAACCUUUCUGUGAAGAUUUGGAUAAGUGGCUCAGUAAAAACGACAAUCACGUAGCUGCCAUUCAUUGCAAAGCUGGAAAGGGGCGUACGGGUGUCAUGAUUUGCGCGUACUUGUUACAUCGAGGCAAAUUCAAAAAAGCACAAGAGGCUCUGGACUUCUACGGUGAAGUUAGGACCAGAGAUAAGAAGGGAGUGACUAUUCCCAGUCAGAGGCGAUAUGUGUACUACUACAGCCACCUUCUGAAGAAUAAGUUGGAUUACAAACCUGUGGCCUUGCUCUUUCACAAGAUGGUGUUUGAGACGGUGCCCAUGUUCAGUGGAGGAACAUGCAGGGAUACUGCUGUAAAAAGCAAGAGCGAGCAGAUUCCACAUGGGUUCAGAAAAACCAAUUGGCAUUGGGAUCCUCAGUUUGUGGUGUAUCAGCUAAAGGUGAAGAUCCACACGUCCAACCCAACACACACGAGGAGAGAAGAGAAAUACAUCUUCUUUGAGUUUCCACAGCCGCUGCCUGUUUGUGGAGACAUCAAGGUGGAGUUCUUCCACAAGCAGAACAAGAUGAUGAAAAAGGAAAAGAUGUUUCACUUUUGGGUGAACACCUUCUUCAUCCCUGGACCAGAGGAAGGCACCGAGAAGGUGGAAAACGGAGGUUUAGUGAAGGAACUGGAUGGGAUCCAGACCACAGAACGGGGAGAGAAUGAAAAGGAUUAUCUAAUCCUGGCUUUAACCAAGAAUGACUUGGAUAAGGCCAAUAAGGAUAAAGCCAACAGAUACUUCUCUCCAAAUUUCAAGGUGAAGCUUUACUUCACGAAAACAGUGGAGGAACCAUCCAACUCGGAGGCCAGCACUUCUACAUCUGUAACCCCGGAUGUUAGCGAUAAUGAACCGGACCAUUAUAGAUAUUCUGACACAACGGACUCGGACCCAGAAAAUGAACAAUUUGACGACGAGCAGAUUACAAAAGUUUGAAAUAUUUUUAUGGGAAGAAAAGACAUGCGUAAUAGAGUUGUAUAAAGGAUAAAACUUGAAUACGAACUGAAAGCAAGUACAUUUUUCCAAACAGAAGUAGGACACACGUCACCGGUUUUAGGGACAUAAAUGCUGACCAAUUAUUUUUUUCGUUCGUUCACCCCCUUCUCCAUGAAGUAUCAACACUGAUGUUCCGUGGAAAACGUGUCAGUAGCUAUUAUGUAAAUACAUCGUCAUGCCGUAACGAAAAAGAAACCCCAUUCUGGAUGGGAGAUCGUCUAUGGGAGAAUUCAGUGGAGGUCGAAAUUUGCUGCUCCCCAUCACCUGUUGAAACCAAGGCCAGUGCUUAAAUCAACCUCCUUCAUGCCCUCAUGUCUGUGCUUAUCUACCUACUGUGAAGUUUUUCCUCAUGCUGUUGAAACGCCAGCAUUUUUCAUUUGGGUUGUUCAGUGGAAACUUACAACAUUUGUCUAUCUGGAUUCAUCAUUAUUACUACAGUGCUAAUGAUUCUUCUACAGUAAGCUACACAAUAUGUAUUAUUGUCAUUUUCCUUUCUUUUUAAUGCAAAUACACACAAACAACAUGGAAACCAGUGUUGCAAUAAUGUUAACACUAUAGCUCAUCAAAGAAGGUGUGCAUGUUAUUGGAAUCCAUAUUGUCUAAUAAAUGCUAUACAAUGUUUUUCUAAAAGUGUUUUUUGAAGGAAGUCAUUGCCAUCCUACGUCCUCCUUACGGCUUCUGCAUACGAGAUUUGAAUCUGUAAACAGUCACUUCAUUUUAUAACUUCCCCUUGUCCACUGGCACUUGUUUAAAUCCAUUUUUAUGUUUUGUUUUCAGUUCCUAACAGUUAACGAUCUAAGCUCGCAGUAGCUUCUGAAUCAGAAUCAGAAUUGCGUUAUGGAAGCUAGCUGAACUUCGCUACACCUAGCGUAGAAGCAAAUGGGAUGCCAUGCCAACUGGUUGCUCGGAUUACAACAUUUCAUGCAUGGCAUUGCAAACUAAGAAAAGCCCUUGAAUGUAUCAACCUUGGAUGCAAGUUUUGAUUUUGUUCGACAGCAUUCGCAAACCUUCAGCCUUGGCUGUCGGACAUCAGAGCUACGGUUCCCUAAAUCGUGUUUGUAGCCUUAUAGUCCGUGAUCUAAUGAAAUCUGGGUCAUACGUUUAUCCAGCAAAGGUGCUUACAAACUGCAGAUGUAUACUCAAUUCGGUGCGAAUCUCAUGGUGCAUUUAAACGCACUGCGGUGCGUGUUCGUAACUGUUAGCCGCACUUGCGUGCAUAACCGAUAGUCUUCAACUCCAAUCUGAUGAUGUCCCUGGCUAGAUAGAGUUCAUUGUGUUUUUAUUUCAUACCUCUUCUUGAAGGCCACAGGCCUCGUUCUGUUUGGAUGGAAACAACAUAGUGCAGCUACAGAUUUGACAAAGUCCCGUGCUUGCUUCGGAAAUAUUAAAGCCCUAUAUAUGAGAAUAUUUAAAUGUAUAAUUUACUUUUAAGCAUGCCAAAUCUUUUUUUAGCACAUCUCGCUGUUGAGGUCAGGCGAAAAAUGAAAAAGACAAAAAACUUUCUCAGUCUCUUGGGCAAGAAUCUUUACCGAGGGUAGUGAGUAAGCUGCCUUUUUCCUGUACUGUUAGCAUUCAGGCUUCACACUAGUCACCAGCCCAUCUCACCUUCCUUAGAGAAAGAAUACAAAUCCCAGAUGUGAGGAGUAAACUCGGCCUUCAAACAUGUGAUUGUACACUAACCAAUCCAGGAAAAACUUUCUUUUUGUUUACAUUUCAGAUCACUGAAAACCUGCCAAAUUAAGCUUGAUUUUUUUUUUGUAGAGGCGGGGCUCACGGGAGGUAUUCUUUGCUUUACUUGAAGUUGACAAUGCUUACUCUUCUACUGCUUUGAUGCCCUACCAUUCUGCCCAAGCACUGACUUAUUUAAAGCUACUAUACAAGAGCAACAUAUUGUACUAGACAUGUGCACUGUUACAGGUUUUUGCAGGGUUUCAGUCAGCGGUCCACAGUAUUUUUAUUUUUAGUCGGGUUUUAUUUUUUUACGGAAAUGCUCACAGCAAUCAGACGUACGAGAGCGGGGAAAGAAAAAGUCUUGGUGUCCAUUACUUUUGUCGCUGUGCAUCAACAUAGAAUCAAAUGUGUUAUUGACUGAAAAUGUUUUUAGGUUUUUUUAAGAAAGCAUAAAAUAAAAUAAAAAUAAAUAAUGCAACUAUUUAUGAAAGUAUUCAGUCACUUUCCGACAGAGAUCUUCGGCAGAUUUUCCGUUAUCAUAGUCCUCCCUAACACAUGCACAUGACUUCUUUCGGAUGUUUAGCGCUUUAACGUGUGACAGACUACCCGAGGGCAUAACGAUCUCGCAUUAAUCCUUAGGCCAUUUCUGCCACACGAGACACUUCAUUUAGCCACAGUACCUUAACAUGCAAAACCUCGGACAUCCUUUACGUGGCACGGGUGUGUGGAGCUCACAGGCAGCAUCAGAAAUUCAUUUCAGGUUUAAUGAAAAACAAGAAGUCUUCAAAGGUGCCAGUGUAUAUGUUUCACGUCACUCUUUCUUAGCUGAUUCGUGCAAUAUGUUGUAUGCCUGUGGUUGCCACAAAGUGCCUCAUGUUUACAGAAGAAUAAAAGUGCUUGCUUUAGAAAUCGUGAUAGUACAUAACGUCAUGCAUGCGGAUGGAUGGGGUGGUACUGUGCACUAAAUCGUCCGGCAGCAGGGGCCCUUUGGACUUCGGUCAUGCUCCAUUUGAACCCAUUCCCCCCCAUGCCCCAGAGGUUUCUUAUAAUGUAAACUCGGUAUAUUUUCAGUCUUCGAGAAAACAGCCUUACUCCAUUUAAAGCCUGUUCGGAUACUAUUGUGCUGUGCAACAGUUGCUCUGUGUGUGAUUGCCUAUGCACUGAGUACACAAACCAACCAUGUAUGAAAUAUUGUACAGGUAAUCAUGUUGCUCAUACAAAUGACAUGUUUGUUUGUAAUUGUAUGUGUAAACUGCCCUUUAUCUUAGUGUUAUAAACUCCACAUAAAUCCAAUAAAGUCUCAUUCUUGUC